CGUCGCUCCGUAGUCUGUUCUCUCUCUCUCAAAUUCCCCAAAAUCAAAGCUUCUUCGAUCUUCCUUACUUCGUUUCGAUCUCAAAAUUAUCAUUCUAUUGUGAUUCCUUUGCGUUAGUUUGAAUCGUACUGUUACCGAUUUGGGAAUGAUUUUAUUGAUGUUGGCGUAGAAACCCUAAUUUUGGUUCAGUUUCUCAAUUUCUAAUUUCUCAGAAAGUUUUGGUUUUGGUUCAAUUCCUCAGCGAUGGACACAAAAUCACUGGCGAAAUCGAAGAGAGCUCACACUCAACACCAUAGCAAGAAAUCGCAUUCUGUUCAUAAGCAGAAAGUUUCUGUAGUUUCAGAGAAAAAUCCAGAGAAGCUUCAAGGGAACCAAACCAAGACUCCGGUUCAAUCUCGUCGAGUCUCUGCACUCCCGUCGAAUUGGGAUCGUUAUAGUGAUGAUGAUGAUGAUGAGCUUGAUGCAGCUGAGGGUUCGUCGAUUAGCCAAACUACUGAUGUUACUCUGCCGAAGAGCAAAGGAGCUGAUUAUUUGCAUUUGAUAUCUGAAGCUCAAGCUGAGUCUCAUUCAAAGAUUCGUAUCAAUUCAGAUUGUUUAUCGUCCCUAGACGAUCUUUUGCACGAUGAAUUUAGUCGUGUUGUUGGAUCUAUGAUCUCUGCUAGAGGGGAAGGUAUAGUUUCGUGGAUGGAAGAUGAUAACUUUGUUGUUGAAGAAGAUGAAUCACCUUCGUAUCAGGAGCCUGGAUUCCUCUCCUUGAAUUUGAAUGCUCUGGCAAAUGCACUAGAGAAAGUGGACUUGCACGAGAGACUCUACAUUGAACCUGAUCUUUUGCCAUUGCCCGAGCUGUGUACAGCCCAAUCAAAAGUGGGCGGCGAUGGAUAUGAUGCUGAAGCUGUGAUAGCGAGGCUAAAUGAGCCGGCUCAACAAGAAUUCAGUGGAAAGCUUAAGGUUGCAAAAGGUGAAUCAUCAGUCUUGGAAGCCGAGUUUCUGGAUCAAGUUAAGGAAAUACGAAUACUUACAGACGAAUCAGAGAAAGCUUCAGCAAUUGAAGAUGAUCUAGAUUUUCUCCUCAACUCCGUCAGUGAAGCACAUACUCAGCCUAACCCGGUGGGGAACGCCUCAAGUACAUCCAAUCAGAAUCCUUGUGUCCAAAAAUCUUCAGCUUUUGAAACAGAGCUAGAUUCUCUUCUCAAUUUUCAUAGUAGCCCAGAACCAUACAACAAUCCAGACAGCUCAUCUGGUCAAAAGCUUCACACAACGGGUUUUGAUGAUGUGCUUGAUGAUUUGCUUGAAAGUACUUCAGCAUCGAUCAAACCACAGCAGAACCAGACCUCUUCGUCGUCCUCAGUUGGAAAAUCCAAAGUUUUAGAUGAGUUUGAUUCUUGGUUGGACACGAUUUGAUUGAUAUAUUUGUUAACUUGCACACCUUUUUGUAUAACAUAGGUGAAUGAAAGUAUUACUUUGUUAUCUAUAAAGACUGUUCAAAUCUCAAACGAAUGUUGAAUGGUU